GAGGGGAGCGCGGCCGGCGGGGCGCGAUGGCGGAGGGCGGGGACCCGCCAGCCCCGGGCAGCGCAGGUCGCAACCUGAAGGAAUGGCUGCAGGAGCAGUUCUGCGACCACCCGCUGGAGCGCUGCGAGGACACCCGGCUGCACGACGCGGCUUUCGUGGGCGACCUGCCCACGCUGCGCACCCUGCUGCAGGACGAGAGCUUCCAGAGCCGCAUCAACGAGAAGUCGGUGUGGUGCUGCGGCUGGCUGCCCUGCACGCCGCUGCGCAUCGCCGCCACCGCCGGCCACGGCCCCUGCGUCGACUUCCUGCUGCAGAAAGGGGCCGAGAUYGACCUGGUGGAUGUCAAGGGCCAGACUGCCCUCUACGUGGCCGUGGUCAACGGGCACCUGGAGUGCGCCAGGAUCCUGCUGGAGGCAGGUGCUGACCCCAAUGGCAGCCGGCACCACCGCAGCACGCCCGUGUACCACGCGGCACGGGUGGGGCGCGCCGACAUCCUGCGUGAACUCAUCAGGUACGGCGCCGAUGUGGAUGUGAACCAGCAGCUGGCGGGGCGCGGGCCAGGCCAGGCGGCGCGGCCGCUCACCACACUGGUGGUGUGUCCCCUGUACAUCAGCGCUGCCUACCACCACCUGCCCUGCUUCCGUCUGCUGCUGCAGGCGGGGGCCAACCCCGACUUCAACUGCCGCGGGCCCGUGGACGUGCGCGGCUUCUCGCGGGGCUCGCCGCUCAGCGUGCUGGACGCCGUGCUGCGCCAUGGCUGCGAGCCCGCCUUCGUCCGCCUGCUCGUGGACUUCGGCGCCGACCUCAGCCUGGUCAAGGUGGAGGCCUUGGCGGGGGAGGCGGCGGGGAGGGUCAGGGUCAACCCCGAGGCRCUGGAGGUGUUCAAAGAAGCCAGGGGCUGCACCCGGAGCCUCCUGUCUCUGUGCCGCAUCACCGUCAGGAGAGUCCUCGGCAAAUCCCGCCUGGAUCUCAUCCCCAGCCUUCCAAUCCCCGACCCCAUUAAACAGUUUUUACUCCACGAACACAGCUGAAGGGCGGCUGGCUGCUUUUGGGGACGGUUUGAGCUCUGGUGAACGAGUGACAAAGCCAGGCGCCAUUGCUGCCCCUUUCCCCACAGMGCUGCUCAUGGAGUGCACUUAAGUUCCCUGCUCCUGUGGGGUUUUUUCCGCCCCAGAUUUAGGGUGCGGUGAUUCYGUGUGUCUUAUCUCCCCCGGGAGAGGCUGCUGACCGUGUGUGGGUGUUGCUGGAGUAAAUACAAUAUAUCCUGUAGYUGCUGGCAAUGUGUAACCUCUGUUACCGAUCUGUGUCACCAUUCCUGAUCUCUGUGUGGCAUUUCUGUGUGUGGAAAGCGUCCCUGCUUUUCUCCCUUUCUACRUAAAACCAGAAAUUCUUACCUUUAUUUUACUCCACAUCCCAUGGUAAAACCACAGAAAACCCUCCCAAACCCACUUAACAAAUCUGUUUUGUUUGCAUUGUGGAAAAGGGAGAAAAAAAGCGGUUUUUUUGAGGUGUUGGGAGAUUUUGUGCUUCUAAUCACGGUGUUGCACCAUCAGCCUGGAUUUGCAGUGCCACGAGCUCCCAGAAGAGUCAUUCUGCAGGGAGCCGAGAGCCUUUUUUGGGAUGACAUGGUCAGUGUCGGGGAAUCGUUAUCAAAAAAGCAACUUGAGAAAAUUGAGAUGAUGGUGCCUCAGGAAAAUCUCAGGUGGUAAUUGGUACUUGGCUUUUACUGAUUCAAGUAAAGUCCCUGUGUUGUAAGUUCAUUUUUCUGGAUGAUUUUUCUUUGCCAGCUCUUCUCCCCGUGCUCAUCCAGCUGAUGAAGAUGUUUUUCCAGAUGGGACCUUAAAGAUCAGAGAAUCCUAGAUGGGUUUGGGUCAGGAGGGACCCUAAAGCUCWCCUGGUUCCAAGCCCCUGGCAUGGACAGGAACAUUUCCCCUAGAGCAGGUUGCUCCAAGCCCCAUCCCUGCACCCUAUGGAUUUACCCCAUAGGGAUGAAAUGUUGCACAGUGUCAGGGUUGAAGGAGAGGAGAGAGUCCCACARAGCAGAAGGAAUAUUUGCCAGGAUCAGGAAUUCCUAUUGCUUCUUCCAGACUCUUUUCCCUGUUUCUUUCCCUUGUUCUGGCAGACACAUCCUUUUGUUUCCUUGCUGGGAUCUCGGGUCUUCCCRUSGUUCUUGGGGCCCCAAAAGGGAGCCCUUGGCUGGUCCCAAAUGGGGGAGACUUGUUCAGGAGAUCCCUUGUGCUCUGACAUGGAUAUCCCACUCUGGGAGGCUGCCAGAUCCCAAAGGGAGAUAAGUUGAAUUUUUAGGGAGAAAAGUUGUAUYUUAGACCUUCUGAGGUUUCGGGGAUCUCCAUAUGUUUGAUGAAGUUUCUUUGAUGGAACCUCAGGACCUCUCUUGGUUCCUGUGGCUCCGAAGGUGAAUCCUUGUCCCAAAUGUGGGAUUGACACUGGUUACAAAACGUUCUUUUUGAGGGAAAAAAUAAAUACAAAGCAGAGGGUAUUUCCAGACCUUUUCCAGGUGAGAUGUGACGGACAUGGAGCUGAGGGCAGGUGAGGAGGGGCAGCUCCACGCCGCUCCCUUCCCAGGCCUGCAGCUGGUUUCGGUUUYCCCGGUUUUUAUAGAGGUGUGAACAUGCCUGGGAGAUGCAAACAGGUUGUAAAGAACUCUUGGCACCUUGCUGGGGGAUCCCUAAUGGUUUGCAGGAGCUCUGCUGUGGGGAGGCAGAAAGUGAGAUGGGCUUUUCUUGAGAAAAUCACUUUUGGGGUUGGCUUUUCCCUCUGGAAAACCCCCAGGACUGGGUUUUUUGGAUUUUUUUUUAGUGUCGGGGGCCUUGGGCUCUGGCAGCUUUGGGGCCAUGCCCAUUCCCUGUCCCAGUGCCCAGGAUGGUAGUUCCACCUGGKGAAAUGCCACAGUGGGGACAAUGGAGGGUGGCCCAAAGGAAUUGAGAGAAUCGACUCUGUGCUUGAUGGAAUCCAGUCUGUAAUUAAAGCUAAACCCAUUACAAUAUUAAUUAAAGAUCCCAUCUAAAUGAUUCCCCUGCCCAUGRGUCUCUCCAGGUGGAAAGAUGGUUCUCCCAGCCUCAGUGACUUGGAGAUGUGCAGAAUCAAAGCUUUGGUAAGUCUGGCUCUUCCAUCCAACUUUCAUCUUCACUGAGGGCAUUUUCCUCUGGAAAAGCUCUGCCUGACCCUUGGCUUGAGGGGUUGAAACGAGUCCAGCCUGGGGAUAAUUCACUUUAAAUUAAGCUGUAAGUGCACAGAGUUCUGUUGGAAUGAAGUCUCUGUGGAGAUUGGCUGCUGAGGCUGCUUAAACCCGGCUUUGCUGAGCUGGUUAAUACAUAGGAAAAUGGGAAUUUUUGCUGUAGAGAGUUAAUAAUGGAUCUUAAAAUAGAUGAAUGACAUUCAGUGAGCAGUGUGCUGCUGUAUAGGGUCAAACCCUACAUCCUCUGCUUGCUCCUGUCCUUUUAAACCCAGGAAAGAACAAUCUUCCAGUAUAAAAUCGAAAUAAUAAAUUUAUAUCCUUUCACACUAUAUAAACAGCAUU